CAAUCAGCAGUGAGUAUGUACACGUCCAUUACCGUAGAAGAAAAAAGUGACGGCAGCCUACAAGCCAAAGUCAUCCACAGUAACGCUGCUGUUGAAGUCAUGUCUGAGAAAGAGCUUGGCCAGAAGUGGGACCGCUGCCUCGCGGACUGUGCUGUCAAAGUCGGCGCUGGUCUGGGUAUAGGAAUUGUGUUCUCAGUUGUGUUCUUCAAGCGCCGGACGUUGCCCAUUGCGUUUGGCACAGGACUAGGUCUUGGCAUGGCAUAUUCCAACUGCCAGAAUGACUUGAGAUCACACUAUCAGCUGCAUAGUAAUGUUGCUAAGGAGCAGUAGAAUUGCAUCAGCUAUGGAUUCUGUCUUCUGCCUUGCUUUUCCUUCAUUUACUGGACAUGAAGCCUGACACAGAGUGGUUGACUCCCUAUACUCCAUAAUAUCUAUGUUCUUCAACAGGACAGCCUGUAUUUAUUUAAUAAAAUGUUAAAAGAUAUUUGAA